AUACAAUGAAAAUGAUAUUGGAAUUAACAUAUAAAUAUAAAUGUCACUCCCACCAAGUAAUCAUUAAAGAGAACAUUCAGAGUGAAAAUGUCAUAAAUAUAAAUCAUCAUAAGAAUUUCCAAAAUUACAAAAUUUUGGAUAUCAAAAUUACAAAAUUUUGGAUAUCAAAAUUACCAAGAUUCUCCAAAUAAUAAUAUUGGGCAAAUUAAUAAUUGUCAAAUAAAUGACCAUGGGAAAAAAACUUCAACAAAAUUUCUUCAUUAAGAGAAUUGAUCAUAAUCCAUUAACAUCAUUUUGGACCGUUAUGAAUAUUUGAGAGGUGCACAUCAUAAUAAAAAUGGCAUAAAAUGCACCAACCAACAACUUUAGUUUUGCCCAAUGGGCACAUUUCCCCAACAUUAUUAUGACACAUAGUGCGGUGCGGAAAACCGAACCACGCGUCCAUCAUCAUUUUCUUUGAGGUGGCCUGAGCCCAUUAGAAAUGACCACAUCUUUAAGAAAUUUCAUAAGUAUGGCAUCAACAUUAAAUUCACACUCAAUCAUUUUUUUAAGAUUUAGAAAAUUCAAUGAGCGAUUCAUAAUUGUGCUCAAUAUCAAUAUACUUCUAUAACAUUAAUUUCACCAUUGAAAUGAUACUAGAAAUGCUAUCAUCAUUAAAAGGUAUCAUUAAAAAAACGACAUUAAUGUCACAUUAAAUCUUCCAAAUAAAAUUUCUCGUUGGUUCCAUUUUAUUCAGAAAAUUUAAAAACAUAAUUUCAACAUAAUUAUAGGUAAUUCCGAAACCUUUUAGUGCAUACACAUUAUUAGGAACUUAACAAAAGCACUAAAACUGCAUAAUAUGCCUAAAAAAAUAAUUCGACCCAUUAUUACCCACGACUUUCUAUUAAUAAAAUUUCAUCAUCAUUAAAUGAUUGCCAUAAAAGGGACAUAAACAUUAUUUACACAAAUAAACACUAAUUACCUAGAUAGACUUAAGCAUAAUUUACAACAUAAUUGUCUUGCUAUUAUCAAUUUACAACAGUGCAAAACAUUUUGAAAACAACCAUAAUAUUAGGAAAAGCACUGAAUAGACUGAAAAUAUCCAUAACGUAAUAUUGUCCAAUAUAACCCACGACAGCCCAUUAGAAAACCCUCCGAGAGAGAGGAAAAAAAACUUGAGCCUAUACAACCUCGGCCUCAGCCCGUGGCCAGAUUUGGACGUUUUCCGCCUGAAGGCCCAGCAGCUGUCCAGCGCUGAUCUCAGCCGUUCGAUGCAAUCGACGGUCCAGAUCGUCCCCAUCUGGAACAAAAAAUGCUGCCGGUCAAACCCUAGGGUCAUUUACCCUUUCUCCCCGAUUUCCACUGCUCCCACAGGGGAGGCGAUCCCGGCGGUGACCCGAGGCACGCCGGCAAUGGCGGCGCGGCAGGCCCCUUCGUCGGAGCAGCGUGCCUGGCCUCAAGGCCGCGCGCUCCUUCGCCGAACGGUGCUAGCCAUGUCGAGCACAGGCGAGAUCGGGAGUCGUCCCCGCCAGCGACGCGCACAGCGCGCUCGACGGCGAGGCGAGCGCCGGCGACUGCAACAUCAAGGGCAACGGCGACGUGCGCGGCGACUGCCACGCAGCGUGCGUCCAUAAGAGAGGCGCCGACGGGUGCUUUUCUGCGCGUUGUCUCGAGGGACGGCGGCGGCCGUGCGGACCCAGAAGGCCGGCGUCAUCAACAUAAGGCCCAGCCCCCUUUUUUUUCUUUCUUUAUUUUCUUUCGUCGGGGCUGUGGAUUUGCGGAUUCCUCCUCUUAUGGUUUGGAUUUGGUGAUCUCGUUCUAGGGUUUCGAUUUCAGCUAAUUGGGGAAUUUUUUCUUUACUGUUCAAUGCAAUCCCCUCCUUCUAAUUGCUAAACCAGGUGUAAACAGGCACAAUUAACAUACACUUAAAGCGGAAGCAUGACCUAAUUACAUUAACACAAUAGGGUGAACAUGAUGAUUUUUCUAACCAGCACGGCAGCACCAACCCGUAGCAAUUAUGGCCUUAACUGAGACAAUUAACUUUAAGGAAGCGCCUGGAACUCAUUAGAAAUAGAUUGGUCUCAGUCGAAUGACGUGGUGAUGAUGUCGUUCGCUAUUUGUCUCAGCCAGAUCACCUGGCACGCCCGAGCCAGGCUCCUUUCUCCCCCGCACAAAGCCCUAUUGGGCCGAAUACAAUCCAGGCCCUUUGUUCUGUUGUUAUUUGUAGGUUGUGGGCCUUUUUGGGUUGUUUGUUUUGAUUGUCCUUGUUGGGCCUUUUUGACUAAAAGCUUGUUUAUACUUUACAGAAAAAGCAGAAAAAAGACAAAAAGAAAGCCCGGGCCCCGCUGUACAGGAGCAAAAAAGAUUCGUUGCUUUUUGUUCCUCCCUGUUCUUCUCCUGAUCGCAGCACAUGCCCCAACCCCCAUCCACGAAAAUCACAAACCCUCAACCCCAACCCACCCACUCCUCCUUCCUCCUCCUCCAGCCCCAGCCGCCAGGGGACACACCUUUCCCCUCCAAAAUGGCAAUGUGAGCAGAGGAAGGAAGCUUGUGAGCAGAGGAAGCCGCCAGGGCACACACCCACCCACUUCUCCUCCUUCCUCCUCCAGCCCCAGCCGCCAGCCCCCAUCCACGAAAAUCACAAACCCUCAUCGCAGCACGCAAAAACAUGGAUGCAGGAAGAGAUCAGAGGGCACAAAGCACUCACCGGGGUAUGCACGCCUCUCCCCUCUCUAGAUCUCGGAUUCUUGUCUCUGUUCUUGUAUUAUCUUUCCCUUUUAUUCUUCAGAAUUCUAUUGUGAAAAACACAAAAAAGGGAAAAAAACAAAAAGUGAAUACAGAACAACCCCCAUAGCUGCAAAUUCGUAAAAAAACAAGGAGCUUUCUUCCUAGGUGCUGCAUCCUUCAUAUACCUGACAAAGAAACUCUUGACAUUGAUUGCAGCUGUUCUUGAUGCUUAUGGAGCUUCUCUGUUUGGUUCUCAGGUUAGUGCCUACAAAAAAAGCAAAUGAAAUUUUAAUGAACAUCUGAAUCUUGCUUGUACUAUUCUGGUUAUUUGGUUACAGAAAUUUGAUGUCCGAUCUUUUCUACUAUUAUGUGGAAAACAUAGAAACACGGGGGGGGGGGCAAGAUAGCCAGCAACAAUAGUGGCUAACUUCUGGUGCUUGGAACCAAGGCUGCAUCAUACACACCCCUGGAUGCAAAAUUAGAUGCUUCCUCAUGCUUCUAUGAACAGAACACAAGGGAAUGCCCUGAACAUUCCAGUGAGCGCAGCUAUGUAUGGUAUCUUCAAUAGUCAAGGCAAUACACAGGUAAACUUGCCUGUGAACCUGGGUCCACAUACUUCAGUGGGUGACUCCAACCAAGUGUCUAUUGCGCUCCAACCCCCUGCAAACAAAGUCGCUUAUGAAGCCCCCAUGUCAUACAUGCAACUCCUACUUGCUGCUGAAGAAGAGGGUGCUAGAUAUGCAUCCUCACAAUCGCAAGAAGAUCGCCUUGUUCGUACUGAGAACGAUAUGUACAUGAUAACUGGGCGAUACAGUAGAUCUUCAGAAGAUCCAUUACAAGCACACACUGGGGGUGGAGCUCAGCAUAUAUCUGGAGUCGAUGACCAGCAUGAUAUAGAGCUUGAACCUUUUGUUGACAACCGUUUUUCAGAAAGCUUGAAUGAUUUGAACUGGGACAAUGAAAUGCAGACAGAAGCAGGAGGAAACAAAAACGGCUCUAUGGUGUCAAAUGAGAUUGCUUCUGACAAUGCUUCUGAUUCCGAGGAUGAUCUUUCUCCAGCGUUGUUGCAAAAAGCCUCUAAGAUUACUGUUACAACUGCUGGAGAAGAAGAAAACAGUGGUGCAGCUGGCGAAGUUCAAAAAUUAACACAGGAUGAUAUACUGAUAUUCCUUGAAAAUGACAGUAUAGAAGUUGCUCAGAGUGCUAGCCAAGAAGUGCGCAGCCAUCACGUACCCCAUGUGGACAUGGUCUUUGAUAUGGAUGAUGCAGCUUACAACUUUUACAAUGAGUAUGCCUCAAUUGCUGGUUUUUCUGUGAUCAAAGCAUCUCGAUAUUGUGGCAAGAAACAAGGAGGCAGUGCAGCAACUCGGGUAACUUUCAAGUGCAAUCGGUCAGGAAGAGUAAUUGAUGAAGAAGAACAAGAGAAUAGGAAGAAGAAACGACGUGACACAAGGCAACAGAAAACAGGACAAGAGCCCUAUCGCAACGCAAGGAAGAAAAAAGCAAACACCAUUGCAAUAACAGGGUGUAAAGCUCAGCUCAUUGUCACCAAGAAGGAUGAGAAGUGGGUGAUAACAACCAUAAACCUACAGCACAACCAUGAUUUGAGUCCUCACACAGAAGUGAAAUACCUUCGUUCUCAUAACUACAUGACAGAGGAGGAGAAACUCCUAAUCCGAACUUUCAAUGCUGUGAAGCUACCAACAAGACAAAUAAUAGCAAUCCUAAGUUACUUGAGAGGCGGGAACACUCCUUACACCAAAAAGCAUGUAAGCAAUGUUAGAACAGCCAUUGGCAAAGAGAGCAAUCAAAAUGACAUGAUGCAGGUGCUAACAUAUUUCAGGAAGAGACAAGCUGAAGAUCCACAAUUUUACUAUGCGUUCAAAACAACUAAAGUCUCUGAUGACGCAAGUAAAGUUUUGUGCAUUUUCUGGGCUGACGGGUAUUCUAGGAAAAUGUACGAGCUGUACGGAGACUGCCUCAGCUUCGACACAACAUUCAAGACAAACAGAUACAACCUCCCAUUUGCUCCCUUUGUUGGUGUCACAGGACAUGGCCAGAACUGUUUGUUUGCUUGCUCUAUCAUAGAGAAUGAAACAGCUGACACCUUUCAAUGGUUGUUUGAGACAUUCUUGCAUUGCAUGGGUGGGAAAUCUCCGUCCACAAUCAUAACAGACGAGGAUGCUGGGAUGAAGACAGCUAUCCCUUUAGUUUUCCCGCAUAUCUGCCACAGGCGUUGUUUGUUUCAUAUUAAAAAGAAGGCUGAGGAAAAAUGUACUAGGACUUUUGCAGCAAAUAAAACACUGCAUGAUGAUUUCAGUGACAUCAUUCACAACUCUCUGACGGUGGCUGAGUUUGAGCAAUUGUGGACAGAGAUGAUCCAGAGAUACAACAUUGGGCAUGUGAAGUAUUUCCAAAUCAUGUGGAAGAAAAGGAAAAGGUUUGUCCCUGUGUAUUUCAAGACGGACUUCUUCCCCUUCAUUCACUCUACUGCGCGUAGUGAAGGCACCAACGCCAUUUUCAAGGACAACAUCACGUCAACUCACAAUGUGAUCAGCUUCCUCCAAGAGUACCAGAAGAUUUCAGAAACCAUACAAGAUAAGGAGAGGGAGCAAGACUCUAUCACAAGAACAACUUCGCCGACAUUCUGGGCACGAAGUGAGCUUGAGAUACAAGCUGCAAAAAUGUACAACAGAAAGAUAUUUUACAGAUUCCAAAAGCAGAUAAAGUUUGUGCUGAAUUUGCAUGUUGAAGAGGUUGAGAGAAAUGUGAAAUAUGAAGUCUACAAGACACCAAUGCUAGCUGAAAAGGAUUUCAGAACGCGAAGAUUUGUUGUGAUUGUGAACUUGCAGCAACAGUUGUUCAGUUGUAUCUGUGGGAAAUUUCAGAAAGAUGGCAUUGUGUGUUGCCAUGUCUUGAGAGUCCUUUCUCAUCUCAACAUGUCUGUGCUGCCAGAAAAAUAUUACAUAGACAGGUGGAGGCCAAAAAAUACAAAGGACAUACGGGACAUCCGUUUCAAUGUUCCUUUGGAACUAACUGCUGGAAGUCAACACUUCAGGUAUACCCUUCUAUCCAACAGGCUCAAUGAGAUGGCCUCGGACGGUGCAUCAACAAACAGAAAAUAUCUGUAUGUUGUAGCAGAAUGUGAAAGGGUGCAACAAAGGUUGGAUGAGAUGACUAAAGAGGAUGAACUUGCAGAAGCGCAACAAGCAAAUGUUGACAAGGACACAACAGAGACUGAUGCAGCACCGCAUCCUGAUGGUUAUGGAGACAAACUUCAAGAUCCUGAUGUUGCAGUGUCAAAAGGGCGUCCACAAAAAGGACGUUACAAAACUUUCAUGGAAAGUUUGGCAUCUAAACAGAAAGUCACAUGCAGUCGGUGUGGGAAGCCUGAUCAUUAUAAAAGUUCUUGUACUGCAAGUACUGAAGAUGUCAAUUUGGCUCAGAGAGAAAAAGUCAGUCGCAAACAAACCUCAGCCUCAUCUGGGACAUCUACGGGCAAGCAACCAGCUGGUGCAAACCCGAGGAGGAAGGCAAGAAAAGAAAAAUGAAAAUUUGGGUGCUGGAAGUUCAAGAAGGCAAAAAAAUAUGCAAGUGAUGACUGGAAAAAUGUAAAUUCACUCAAGUUUUGGUUGUUUGUUGUGCCACUAAACAAAAAACAAGAAGGAACUAUGAUUGUUCAUGCAUGAUAGCACGUUUGCUACUGUUUUAAGACUGUUUUAGGAAAUGCAUAAGUUAUAAAUUUCAGUUGUACUGGUAGACUGGUAGACAAAAACCAGGGAAAAAAUUGCUUUACUGUUGGGGUAGCAACACUGACCUUAACACAGUAGGUUCCUUGAAAUUUUUUCAUCCACUUUUUCGCUUGCGGUGUAGAAGUAGAUUCCGUGUGCCAAAGAAUUUUGAAAUCCCGCACCAAAGAAAUGUUGGGGGGAAAUGAUAGAAACAAAAGAACAAGGGCAAAAAAAUGUUCUCGUUAGUGCCGCUAUAGACGACAUAAAAAUGUUAGAAAAAGAGGGAUACUGAAAAUAAUCAGACUUAAAAGCAUAAAACAAAUUAGAAAAAGAACACUCUAAAACCGAUGUUUCGAUAUUGAUCUGAAAACAAAAUGGGACAUUCGAAAUUGUUUUCUGGUUAAUGACCAGUUUCUACGACACUGCUAUACAACUUGGAUUUGCUUUCAAAUGAAAAAGAAAAAGCAUAUCGUUCCUCCAUGUACACCGGACACUUUGUGAUGUUGUUUAACUUUUGUGAUUGUUUUUGAUCAUCUUGCUAAAGUCCUUUAUUGUACUAUUCCUCCAUCCAUUACAGAGAAUGUUGCAGUUGGUUGGCCUGCUUGACCUUCUGAAGAAGUACACAAAAAAGAACUAGUUAGUAACCUGAAAAUGACAUACAAUAACAAAAGGAACUUUGUUUACAGUGGCAAACGCAAAAAAAAAAAUACAAAAAAAUUGGAAAGACAGGAGAAAAAGAUAAACAAUUUUGUAUCACAAGUCAUUGCUAAAAAAAGCAGAAAAACUUUGCUUCAAUGGAAGAAGUAAAAACAUACCAAUUUACCAUGCGAAGUUCUUGACGAGUGUUUUGCCUUGAUCCUCUGUGUUGUGAAUACUAAAUAGAAUGUCAACAGCAAAUCUGACCCUUGCGUUUGCUACGUCGUUCAUUGUGAACUGUCGCUGCAGAGGAUUUCGCGAAGCCCAAGUUUGCAUCCAGUUAAGAGCAAAAAUCCCACAAGCGUCGCUUUUUUUUGCAGAAAAUUUAACAACAAAAAUUAAAGAAAAUAUCAAAAAGUAAAAUAAAAAAACUGUAGUUUCUGAAUUUAUAUUUACACAAAUUAGCUUAUUUUUACCUUCCGAUUUGCUUUGGCAUGUUUGGGUACUCUACACCAAACUUUCUGAAACUCAUUCCUCUCAGAUUAGAAUCUUCCCAUGUUUUUAUGAAAUUGUUUAUCUAGAGACAAUUGAAAAAUGAAUAUGUUUAGGAACACAAAAAUGAAUGGGUGUUGCAUUACCAACUUAAUUUAAAAAAUAACAGAAAAGAAAAGAUUAGAAAAACUGUUUUAACCAUCAAAUCUCUGAUCCCGAUGUGGAAUGGUGUGUUCCCUUCAUAAUAUGAAUCUAGGAAGACAAACUUUCUUGCUAUAAUGUCAACAACGAACAAGAACCAGUGCUCAUCAUGUACUGACGGAAAGAAGAUCUGCAUUUUUUGGACACACAAUUUGAUUGCAAAAAUUCAAAAACAAAGGAUAAUAAAAACCCAAAAAAUAAAAAAAUUAAUAUAGUUUGGUGUAAUGAAGCAUACACGAUCACUUUCGUGUAGAGGCAAUGCUUUCCCAGCUCCAUUGAAGCUUCUAAGUGUUUUUCUCUUCAUUUCCCUCCUUACUUCUUUAGAUUUCCAAUUUUCAAGAAAAUAAUCCUGAUUUGUGAAAAAGAACAAAAUUUAAUUAUUGAUCUUCCACCCAAGAAGUCCAGUAAAGUGUUGUACAAAAAAAACCCUAUGUUGAAAAUAUUUUGAGUUGUGCUUGGAUAUGAAAUUUCUUUGUACUUACACCUAGUGUAGUGAAGAAGUAGUGCGUUUUUGAUCUCCUUGGAUGAUUCUCUCGAAAGAGCAUCCGACAGAAAACAUUGAAAACAUAUGCUUCCACGUGACCACUCACACCAAAUGAAUCGCCAAGUUGUCCAAGGAAAAGGCUUGUUUUGUCAAUCAACACAACCACUUUGCUGCAAGUGGUUGAGAACCAGUAUUGUUAGUGAAGGCAACAAAAAUAUCAGAAACCAUUUAAUCAUGGGAAAAAAGUGGAAAAUCUGAGUGUAGAAAAAAACCUUCUGUGAGGUUCAACUUUGCUUAGUGCCACUAUGCCCCUGUGUAGCUCUAUCUCAUGUGGCUGAAGAGGUCCUCUCUCGUUGUGAUCAUAUGGUGAGGAGAGCCACUUGCUUGGGUGUGUUAUCCUUUUUGGAGGCAAAUUCUCUUUACCACUUGAUGAAGUGCCUAAUGAUAGCUUCGUGUUGUAUAAAUUGUCCGCCGUGUUUACCAUACUAGAGCAUGAACCAUUGAAUGAUCUCUCCCCCAAAACUUGAACAUCCGGAGACACCUACAAAAAAUCAUAAACACACACAAUUUAUGGUUAGUUUGUGUGACAGCAAAAAAAGAUGAUGCUGCAGAGAAGUAGGUGUCAAAAGAGCUACAUAAAAAAGAAAGUUGUUCAACAAAUUUACAUGUAGGUAGUCACUUACAGGGAUUGGUUGGUGUUUAGUGCCUUCUUGUUCAUCAUUUUCAUCAAACUCAUCUGAAAAAAGCCUCUUCCCUAAAAUUGCUGUUGUUGAAUAUCUCUGCAAAGUGGCAAAUAAUGUUGAGAGGACGUGUUCAGCAAUCAAUCAAAAAAGAAACCAAAAACACACUUUUAGAGGGCAGACACACACAUUUAAAAAAGAGCAGAAUUUAUAAAAAAAAGUAAAAAAAAGAGGAAAUAAGAACAUAAGCAACAUAACAAAAAUAAUGAUGAUACCUUCUUGUGCUUUUGUGUAGGACUUUCAGCGUUCUCAUUGUUCCAUUUGCCCAUUGGGGAGUAGCAUGUUGUUGCUCUGUCCCAAGUGUGUGACAUGCGUGCAACAUGCGAUGUCUGAAGAAAAAUGUUUUGUUGUAUAUUAUAAUGAAACACAGGAAAAACUAAAGGAGAUUAGAAAACAGAAAAAGAGCAAGCGAGAAACAAAGAUAAUUUUUUUGGAAAAAAAGACAUACCAAGUCGAUGAUGCCAUCCUUUUCUUCAAACUGUGGAAGAAAGUCUCUGUACUUGCAAAUGCCUGUGGACACGGGUUGUCUCUGCGCACACUGUAUGGAGGAAUCUCCUUGCACUUCUUGCUCAUCCUUGCUUGUAUUGCAUGGAUAUUUUUUCUUUGCUUCCUACAAUUGUAGAAAUGUAAUUGGGUGUGUAAGAAAAAUGACAACUAAAAAAGGCAAUAGGGGCUAUGGAGAAACAAUUACCUCUAUUUGAGAAUUAUAUUCUUCCGAGUUCAUCUCUAAUGGGCGCCACAAUUCUGGCUCUAUUAUUUGAUUCCCACAAUCAUCAUGGUCUCAAAGAAUUCUGCAGCUAGGUGUCGCAUCAUCUGCGAAGAAGUACUUUUGCCUUGCAAUAUCUAAUGGAUGCAAAGUGUCCUGUAACUCUUUGACAUGUUGUUGCUUAUCGUCUAUCCCGUUGUCAUGUAAAAGAAGAAGAAAAAGGAAAAAAGGCACAAAACAAUGAGAAAAUCACUGCCAGCAAAGCAUGCAAAAAAAGACAAAAAAAUAUUGUCUGAUCAAAAAUAGAAAAAUGAAAAAAUGUAGGCAGUACUGUUUGAUAGUGCUAUGUUGAUAUCUAUAUCAAGUUCAACGCGCUUCUUGUAAUCGCUGAGUUUAUUCGCAGUGUUUUGAUCUGAAACAAAUGAACGAAAAACAAGUAAAUGAAGAAACAAGCAAGUCAAAAAAACUUUAGAAAAACAAGAAACACGUGCUCAGGAGUGCUUCUUGUAAUUCUGAAAUGUGUGAAAGUUUUUCCCUGGAAAAACACCUUUGUCAAUGUUGUUUUGAUGUUCCACACAUUCAGAAACCACUGCUUGCUUCUCAUUUCGUUGCUCCAUGGUACUAGUGUCUAUGCAAUGCUAUGUUCAUAGAAGAAACACAGGUUCAGUUGGUCUAUACAAAAAAAGAACAGACAGAACAACGUUUUUGAAUGAUGACACUAAGAUAAACGUGAAAUGAAUUCCUCAGGGGGUGUACCUGUGUUUUAUUGUUGUUAACAGUAUUAUGUUGUAACCCUGUGAAUGUUGUCUGUACAUCUCUGGUGGAUACUUCCUUUGAAUUGUUAACUUGUGUCGUGCUCAUCACUGCUUUUGCCAAUCUAGCUGAUAAUAGCAUGUAGUUCAGGCUAGUGCUUUUCUGUGGUGCUUCUAUUUCAAUAGGACAAGCAUUGACACUGCGCUCGAGGAUGUUGCUAUGUCCAUCCAACAUAUUUGUGUCUUGGUUGUGUUUAGCAGGGCCAACCUUGUUCAUGCUUUCUCCCUGCAACACAACAAAAAAAAUUGAAGUGGUUGGUGUCAGAGUUAUAUGCACCAAGCUAAAAAAGAAAAAAAUGUGUUGAAGUGGGCUUCUUGUUGCAGUGCAAUGCAUUCAGCACGCACCGGUUGUCCAAUUAUAUGUGUACAUCCUUUACCAAUUUCAGAAUUUACUUCCUGGCAAAUUAGUUUACAGAGUUGCAUGUUAAAUAACAAAAAAUUAAGAAAAAAGGAUAAAAACGUUAGAUCUUCUGUUUUUAUAUGAAACUAACCAUUUCAUCUUGAUGUUUGUGCUCAUUUAUAGGACCAUUCCAUGGUACUGGUUGCAAUUCAGCUUUGACUCCUUGUGUGUCAACUUCAGGUGUGCUUUGCUGGAGGUGUGACCAUGGGCAUAGUCAUAAAUUUGGUACAGAAAAAAAAUGAACUGAAAAUUAGACACGAAAAAUGUGGAUUUAAAAAGACUAAAAAAUAAGAACAAAAAUACCUUUAUUUUAUCUUGCAACAAUACAUCCUUACUUGUUGAAGUUAUUGACUGCUGUGUACUCGUCUUCAUUCUCUUCUUCCUGCCUCUUCGAUCUGCCACAUAUAUAGUGGGGGUCUUAUUACAGAAAACACAACAUGAAUUAGAACAAGAAAAAAUGCUGUAUUAACAUACCACUGCCAAUUUCAAUCCCAUUAGAAUCAACUCUAAUAGUACUGCCAGACCCAUUAUCUUUGUCGGAUGGCAUGUACAAGUGCUCGGAUGACUCUAACUUCUCUGUAUGUUGAGAGCCAUUAAAAGAAGAAGAGACAAUGUUCAAAGUAUCCAGCAACACUUGUUUUGCUAUCAGACAAGUGGUCAGGUUUUGAUCUUUUACACGCUCCUGGAAAUUGAGGAAUAUAUCUUCUUUGAUCUAACAAGCAGGAAAAAAUUCCACAAAAAUAAAUCAAAAAAUAUAUAAAAAGGGGAAACCAAAAUAGCUUAAAUUGACUGUUGAAGUUGCUCUCUCAACCAACUCUCAUGCAUUUUACCUUAUCUGAAAAAGAGUUGCCUAAGACCCUUUGUAGAGCUUUUUGGAUGUUUGAGUUCUUGGCGGUGCUUGCCCAUGCACCGUCAGUUUCUGCAUAGCAAGUUUCUGCCUCAUCUUUUAUCUGACAAAAAAAAUGGAAAACAAUAAACAAACAUAAAAAAGGAGUAGAUGUAAGAAACCAAAAAGAUACACAUAAAACAGAGGCAAAAAAAUAGCAGAGUAUGAUAAUUACUUGAAGAGCUCCAUAUAAUCCAUCUUUCCCAAUUAGCAUAUCACUGAAAUGUUUAAUGGUUUGUCCUUUCCAAAAACAAACCCUGGGUAGUGCUGGUGGAAUUGUUAUUGAUCGAAAAUUGUUGAAGUCUAGACACCGAACCUGCAAAAUAAACAACAAAAAUACAAAUGCAGCCUUGAGAAUGUUUGAUGAGAACACAGUGCUCAUAAAAUAAAAUCAAAUUAACAAAAAGUUUCAUAAAAACAAAAAGAAGGCGCAUACUGCUAGCUGAUAAAUGCAGCCUCCCAAAGUGGUUGUUAUCCGUUUCUGCUUCAGCUUGUCUGUUUGGUACUUCUUGACAUAGGCGAUAUUCCAUGUAUGGACAAAAGAGCACCAAUCAAGAUCUUUUGACUUUGACACAUCCACAAGUGCUCCCAAAUAUUUGGUGCUUGGCUUUGUGUUGGAUGUGGGACACAGGAAGGUUGCUAGUGCGACAGUCAAGAAGCAGCGAAGAUAAACGUCGUCAGGCAGCUCUUCAUUUAUAAUCUUGUUCCCGAAGAAACUUAUGGAUGGAAGAUCUGUUAGCCCAAACAGUGAUAGAAACUCCGCUUUCCCAAACUCCUCGUCUAGCACUGUGAUCUUUGUUCCGCCUGCUGGUAUACCAAGAACUAAUGAUACGGCUUCAGGGUUGAGAGGAAUUGAUUUCCCACCAAGUACAAUUGCUUCAUCUUUUGUGGAUAUGUUGUCCGCGACCCACUGUGCGAAUGGCCGUGGAACAUAACAAUCAUCUAGCUCAAGCAAGUAUCCAAAACCACCGUUCCUAACAACCUCCAUCCUAUGAUUGCUUUUGCACACAACAUCAACAAUCUUUGCGAAAUAUCCAAUGCUAAAUCUGCUGUAUGCAGUUGCUCUUUCUUUGUUAAUGUGUCGUUUGGGUUUUCCUUCCUCUGGCCUUCUCCUCUGGAAAUGGGGAUAGAAGUAUUAUUCUCUAGAAAAAAAAUUGGUUAUGGCUCACAGAAGUUACAAAAAUGAAAAAAAAACAACGAAAAAGCAUACCUUGUUCCUUUUCUCUUUCAAAGCACUCCUUUCCUGCUUCCUCUCUUGUCUUUCCUCUAACUGUACAAAUAAAUGGAAAGUUUCUGUCGGAAAAUUGAACUUAAAAAAAAGACACACAAAAAUAAAAAUUAGCUUCUACUAGUUCAAAACAUAUUUACAAUUCUUCUCAAGCCGUCAAACAGCAUGCCGUCAGAUGCGUCUGUUUCUGUCAGAUCCACUAUACUUUGUUCAUGUUUGUCAUUCAUGGUGUCAUCCCCUGAAUCAUGUUCUUGGCUACUGUUGUUUGUCUCCAAAAGGUCAGGAUUUGUAUCUUUGCUUAAAAGCUCCUAUUUAAGAUAAAACAAACAUUUGGACAAAAAAUGCAUGAGCAGCAGCAAAAAAAUGCAUAAAAAACAGUCUCUAGUAGACAUAGUGUGAAAAUGGAACACCAAACCAGAACAUGAGCAGCCAGCGAAAAAACUCCAAGUUUGUUAAUUGUGUACAUUCGAAUAUACUGUGUACAUAGCAAUAAGCUGAAGGAAAAACAUAAACAUACUUGUAGACACUCUUAUAUGUCAUUGAGGCACACUCAUCUUCACUCAGGCAACUUGAGUGUUUGUGUAUAUUAAAAAGAGAAUUGUCAUACAUUCAGAUCUAUUGGGUUUGUUAAUAAAACAUCUAAAAACUGUGUGCUGACAUUCUGAAUCCCACACUCUGAAACUUACAAAAUCAAGCAUCGACAAAAAACAUUCCUGAAAAGCACAUUCUUAAAACUUACAAAAA